ACCGCAUCAAUAUUUUCUUCCAUGACCGAUUCCGUAAACAAGACUUUUCACAGCACGCUGUGAAAAAUCCCCAUCCACAACAUGAGUCGUGACAACACCGCAAACAUCUUGUUUACCUAAUCGUUUUCAGUUUUUUCAGUAUUUCGCGCUGUUUCUAGGGUUUCCGGCAGACAAUGAAUCUCUCCAAGCUAAAAUUAGUGACUUUUGACGUUACAGGAACCUUAUUACGCUUAAGAACCGUCCCUGGGCAACAAUAUGGAGAAAUAGGAGCUAUGUACGGCGUUGUGGCUGAUAAUAACGCGUUAAAUAAAAGUUUCAAAGAACAAUUUAUCAGGAUGAGCAACGAACACCCCAAUUUCGGGCUUGCGACAGGCUUGGGGUGGGAAAACUGGUGGACGACCGUAGCUAAAGAAACGUUUAAAUCAUCCAAACUGCCUUUUGAUGACGAUAAACUUGACAAGGUAGCAUCGCACCUCCUUGAAAUGUAUAAAACGUCAGCUUGCUGGCAACAUUGCUACGGAAUUCCCGCACUUUUGUCUUAUAUUCAAAGUAAAAACAUUCCGAUGGGUGUAGUGAGUAAUUUUGAUCCAAGAAUUCACACUAUUUUAACCAAUAUGAAGCUCAAAGAUUACUUUAAGUUUGUCAUAAGUUCCUAUGAAGUAGGUGUACUUAAGCCUAACAAGGAAAUCUUCGAUUUGGCUCUCGAAAAGUCUGAAGAAAAUCAAAUAAAGCCUGAAGAAUGCUUACAUAUCGGUGAUAAAGCAUCCUUGGACUAUCAGGGUGCCAAACAAUGGGGUUGGAACGCUUAUUUGAUCAGUGAUAAGAAUCUCACAAGUUUGCAGGCGAAAUAUGACUUUAUUGACCCGAAUCAUGUGUUUGGAAGCGCUUAUCAGCUACAUAUAGGUUUAAUGAAGAAUUCUGGAGAUAGUUUACCCACUCCGGAACAAGAAAUACCCACAUAACUCAAUUUACUCAAACUCAUUUUAUUUAUUAAUCUCUUUGUAUUUUUUAAACCGCCCCUGUAUUAAUAGGAGCGAAGUUAGCCUCAAAUCCAUAUGAAUUAUUUUUUUAUUGUUUUUAAUUAAGAAACUCUUGUAAAUGUAAGAAUUAGUUUGUAAUUGAAUUAUACAUUUUAUCUUAAA